GGGGGGGGGGGGCGGCGCAAUCUUCGCCAGCGCGUGCCCCGCAACAUUCGCGGUGUUAUUCCUGUUGGUGGCGGCGGCCCCCGAAGUUCAAGCUGCGCGCGCGAACGGCCUGGACACCGAGGGUGACAUCGCACUGCUGGAACCCAGUCGGCUUGAAGGACUUCUUGGACGGCGUCAGGAGACAAAGUUAAACGUUUCGGACGCAAAGUUCACGGUCAAGCUGACUCCAGGGCACACGGGCCUGUGGCUCGACGAACAUGGAAUCGCAUACCAUGUUCAGCCUGGCGGGCAAGCGGCGUUGCUCGGCAUAACGGUCGGGGACCGCGUCGUCUCUGUGGACCGCGAGCUCUUCGCACCUGGUUUGUGGUUUUGCAGGAGAGCGGGCCGAACACAUUUCAGUUUGGCCAUCAACAGACACAGGUGGUCGCCACUGAAGCCAAUCUUGAGAGUCAUCACGUUGCUUUCUCAGGUAGGAUCUCUCGUGGACAUGUCAGCCAGGCUGCUCUACUCGCUCAUGACGAGCGAUGAGAGCGUUCGCCAAGACCCGCAUCUGUAUCUGGCCAGCCCCGUGGCGCUUGCGCUGUUUGGCGUAGUUACCGCGUCGACCGAUUUGUUGUGGGUCCAUGAUAGCAUGAUGGUCCGUUUUACAGGCAUCGGGUCUUUCUUUGCAAUUGCGAGAACGAUCGCUAACAUCGGGGUGGCCUUGGGGAUUUCGAGACUCAGGGAAUCUGGACAAGGUGGCAACUUCUUGCGGCCAGUCGAUAUGGGUUUGUGGGCGAACGUUGUCAACGUGUCCAUGCUGGCGGGGUGCAUCUUGAUGGCUGGUGCUGUCGUGGCUUCGCAAAUGUUCUACUUCGGCUUCCCGCUGACUGCCAGCCCAUGGGUCAUCUCUCGGCUCAACCAAGCUGCUCUUUUUUGCAGCUUUGCCUGCGCCGUUACGACUUCCGCCGAUGCCGUCGGGAAGGAGCUGGAGGAGCUCGUCGAUGUGGACUGCGACGCGGCCGACUUCACGGAGCGCAUCCACUGCCCGAUUGUGGAGUUCAUGGGGAAGAACCGCCGUAGUUUGUCGAAACUUGGCUUGCCGUUAGCACUGAUGGCGUCGGCUUCGGCCUACGACUUCAUGAGUUACCAACUCGUCACCCUGGAGAACGGUUGUCAUUGGACUGGGAGGCAUGGAGUAAGCCGUUUGUGUGUAUGGGAAGACAGGCUGGUCACGCGGCUGUAUCUCCUUCAUGCGGUGGUCCACAUGGCCGGCGUUUUGCUCGCCUGCGGCGCCGCCCCACUUCGCAUCUCUGGAGCAGUAGCCACUGCGCAGCGCAAGCUGACCAAACUGCGCAGCCAGAGGCCCCACCUCCACGCUCAGAUUGAGACCGUCGAAGCGGUAAUGGCUCAGGAGAACGACGGGCAAGGCGUCGGCGUGUCGAUCGAGGGCGCUCUUCUGCUGAACAAGUCGCUGGUCCAGAAAUGUUUCGUGACCAUGGUUGGCGCGGCUGCGUUGCUCCUGUCCUUCACGAACAAGUUGCUGGGAAUACGUGAAGGCCCCCAGUGAAAUUCUAAACGCUUCGCGUACCCCCACGAGCCCGUCCAGAAAUGCGCCCCA